AUGGACGGCUACCACUUAACACGCGCACAACUCUCCGCCAUGCCAGACCCCGUAAAUGCCCACGCCCGUCGCGGCGCAGCCUUCACCUUUGACGGCGCUGCCUUCCACAAGCUCGUUGUCUCCCUCCGACAGCCCUUGCACGCCGAUUCCUCUUCAAUAUACGCCCCCAGUUUCGAUCAUGCAGUCAAAGACCCCAAAGAGAACGAUAUCGCGAUCCUACCUAGCCACCGUAUCGUGGUCUUUGAGGGGAACUACCUGGCUCUCGACAAAUCUCCAUGGAACGAUGCUGCUAGGUUAAUGGAUGAGCUCUGGUUUGUCGAUGUGGACUUUGAGGUGGCGAGGCGCCGAUUAAUUAAAAGGCACGUCAAGGCGGGUAUUGCAAAGAAUGAGGAAGAUGCAGAUAGGAGAGCUAGGGAAAAUGAUCUGGUCAAUGGGCGGGAGAUUAUGGAUCAUCGAAUCAAGGUUGAUGAGGUGGUUGUUAGUCGGGAAGACGAUGAAUGGAUUCACGAGUGA